CUGGUGGGAGCUGUGUUGUUGUGUCUCACAGAGGAAAUAUUUCAUCCCCCACAGCAACAAUGACUUCAGUUGAGGCUUUUAGAGAGUUUAUCAAUGAAAGACUGUCUGCUGCUGCUGGAGAAAUAUUCAGCGUGUUUGAGCAAACCAUCGUCGAGUACGAGGGGGAGAUUUGUCGCCAGAACAAACUGCUGGAAAUCUUGAAACCGCAAAUCAAGUUACGGAGAACCGAGCUCCCACAGCACCAUGGCUGCAGGGAGGAUCAGCGCUUUGAACAGGAAACAAACUACUGUCUUGAUCACGGAGGAGGAGAACCCUCCCAGAACAAAGAGGAACAAGAAGGACCAGGCCUUCUAAAAGUUAAAGAGGAGCAGGAGGAACCAGAACCUCCACCGAUCAAAGUGGAAGAAGAAGAACCAGGACUCCUACAGUGUAAAGAGGAGCAGGAGGAACCAGAACCUCCACAGAUCGGGGAGCAGGAGGAAUUUGGUAGCAGCCAGGAUGGAGAGCAGCUGAUCGAGAAGUUUGAAAGUGAUUCCUUCAGGGAACCUUCUAAUGAGGAGGAUCAACGUUACCUGAGUGAAUCAGAAGAACUUCUGGACUCUGAGCAGCUCUUCUCUCAUGACUCUGAAGUCCACGAUGUGAAUGAACAUGUUGAAUCAGAAUCAGCUACAAAUGCAGAGCUGAAAACAGUCGGUAUGUUUCAUUGUGACCAUGUGGAAAACUUUACGGUUUCAGAGAAGCAGUCUGGACAAGAGGAGAUGCUUUGUGGUGAAACGUGUGGUAUAACUGUCCGUAAAAAACGUAAAUUGAGUCAGAACUUAGGAACUGUCUCUGGUAAGAAGACGAGCGUUUGUGAAGUCUGUGACAAAACUUUCACUGCACGGAGUAGUCUGUUGCGCCACAUGAGAACUCACACAGGUGAGAAGCCGUAUUCUUGUGAAACAUGUGGGAAACGUUUCAGUCAGCAGGGCCAUUUGUUUAACCACAUGAGAACUCACACAGGUGAAAAGCCACAUUCUUGUGAAACAUGUGGAAAAAGUUUCAGUCGACAGGAUUAUUUGUUGGCCCACAUGAGAAGUCACUCAGUUGUGAAGCCAUAUUCUUGUGAAACAUGUGGGAAACGUUUCAGUGGACAUAGUUCUUUGUUGUACCACAUGAGAACUCACACAGGUGAGAAGCCGUAAUCUUGCAAAUCAUGCUCAAAAAGUUUCCGUGACAGGAUCGUUUGUUGGGCCACAUGAAUACUCACAAGUGAGAAGCCGUAUUCUCGUGAAUCGUUGGAAAAGAUUUAGUGCUCAUAUUUCAUUGCUGCACCACAUGAAAGCUCGCAGAGAUGAAGCAGCACUAAGUUUCUGGGAGUUGCACAUAUGUUUUCUCUGCUUACCGUUAUAGAACAUGGACAUUUUAAUAUGAGUGCAGGACUACAUACAUUUUGUACUAAAACAUAACCACAUUUCGGAAUGUUUAAAUGGAGGUCGGCGAAACAAAGAGUUUUGGUGUUAAGCAUAUUUGAGAUUCUGAUGGUAGUUCGAAGUCUUUAUUCAUUCCUUUUGAUUUUCACUCCUGAAUGUGACUGUUCAUGAUGCUCUGAAAAAUAAAUAAUAUAAAAUCUUGUA